AUGUCCCGUCUCAUCAUCCUCAACCUCCCCAACUCGGCCUCCCCAGCCUCCCUCCGUCAGGUGCUCGCUGCUCCUGCCUCCCUCUCAGGGUGCACCAUCACAGACCUCAAGCUCGUGCCCAGACGUCACUUUGCGUUCGUCGGCUACUCGAGCGACGACGAUGCGCGCAAGGUCAAGGAGUGGUUUGACGGUACCUAUGCUUUUGGAGGAGGCGGAAAGGUCAAGGUGGACUUUGUGAAAGAUGAAAACCUAGUCAUUGGGGAGAAGAAGGACAGACAAGACAGGAAGGGCAAAGACAAGAAGGAAGUCAAGCAGCCUGAACAGGAGGAAGAGGCGGCGCCGAGGGAGAACAAGAGGCUGGCAGAGUUUAUGAACGUGAUGAAGGGUGUGGACCCUACCAUCAACCCGGAGGCUUCCUCGUCAAAGCCAGAGAAGAAGGAGAAGAGCAAGAAGGGCAAGGAAAAGUCUGAAGAGCCUGAAGAGCCCGAGGCGGACGAUGAUGCCGAGUGGCUCAGAAGGAGGCAAAACGCUGCUCUGGAGACUGCUGCGCCCCAGCUGUCGGCAGACGAACAGUUGAUAUUAUCCACCGGUCGUCUCUUUAUCCGUAACCUCGCCUUCAUCGCCACCUCAUCUUCCCUCUCCUCCCACUUUGCCGCAUUCGGCAAAAUCGACGAAUGCCAUCUCCCCGUAUCCACCACCACCGGCGAACCACUAGGCACCGCCUUUAUUCAAUUCCAUUCCCCUGAAGAAGCGCUCGAAGCGUACAAGAAGCUCGACAAGACGACUUUCCAGGGCCGUUUGCUGCAUGUGCUUCCGGGGAGAGCUAGGUAUGGGCAGGAGCAGGGAGCGAGUGCGGUGGAAGGGAAAGUGUUGGGGAAGAAGGAUGAGGCCAGGGGGGAGGUGAAGCAAAAGGUUGAUGCGAGGAGGAAGGAGGAAGGGUCUAGGGGCGUCAACUGGGCUUCCCUCUACAUGAACAGCGACGCUGUAGCAGCAUCAGUAGCCGACCGAAUGGGCAUAUCCAAAUCCGAACUCCUCAACGGCGACUCUGGCAACGCCGCCGUCAAACUCGCCCUCGCCGAAACGUCCGUCAUCGAAGAGACCAAAGCAUAUUUCGAAAGCGCCGGUAUCGUGCUCGAGGCCCUCCAGCCGCGGGUGCCCCGGUCGCAGACGACGAUUCUGGUGAAAAAUAUUCCUUAUGGGACUACUGUGCAGAGCUUGACGGACCUGUUUGCGCCUCAUGGUGUGCUGAAGCGAGUACUCUUACCGCCAUCAGGUACCCUCGGUGUGGUGGAGUACGAGAACCACAUGGACGCUGGACGUGCAUUCAAAGCGCUCGCGUACAGACGUCUCGGUAACGCCGUCCUCUACCUCGAAAAGGGCCCUGUGGGCAUGUUCAAAGACUCUGCCUCUACCACCGCCCCCAUGUCGACCCAGCAAAAGAUCGAGUCUGAAGGCAAGAUGCUCGCUGAAAAAGUCACUGCCCUCCGCGAAGUGCCCGACCCGUCGGACGAAGCUGGCUCGACGCUGUUCCUCAAGAAUCUCAACUUUAGCACCACCACCCCGCAUCUCCAGGCCGUCCUCUCUUCCCUCCCUGGAUUCUCCCAUGCCCGGGUGCAGACCAAGCCUGACCCGAAAAGGCCGGGAGAGCGGUUAUCGAUGGGUUAUGGGUUUGUCGGGUUCAAGACGCGGGAUGAGGCGAAUAAGGCUAUGAGCGGGUUGCAAGGGUUUGAGAUUGAUGGCAAGCUGCUUGAAGUCAAGUUUGCGCAGAGAGGGGCGGAGGAAGAGAAGGAGAAGGGGAAAGGCGGGGAGAUGGAAGGCAAGACGAAAUCUACCAAGCUUCUCGUCAAGAACUUGCCGUUCGAAGCUACCAAGAAAGACCUCCGCGAACUCUUUUCAGCGUACGGUGCUCUCAAAUCUCUCCGUCUCCCGCGCAAAGCCAUCCCCACAUCCACCGGAUCCCAGUCCACCCGCGGUUUCGCCUUUCUCGAGUUUACGACGCACACUGAGGCUGCGCGCGCGAUGGAGGCGUUGAAGCAUACGCAUUUGUUGGGGAGGCAUUUGGUGUUGGAGUGGGCUAAGGAGGGGGAUGAGGUGGAUGUGAGGGGUUUGAGGGAGAAGGUUAAGGGGGAGGUUCGGGGGUUGGAGGAUGGGGGGAGGGAGGGGAAGAGGAGAAAGUUGGAUUUCAGUGGCAAAGGGGCCGAGGAGAAUGACGGGUUGGAGGAUUGA